CUCCUCUCUAUUCUCAUCGAUUCCUCCAUAAAAGAAAAAAAAUUCGUAAAAUUUCCAAGUCGCGAUAGCAUUUAGGGUUUCCAUAAAAGUGUAAAGUCCCGAUCUUAUUUUUGAUUCUCGUUUAAUUCCUUUGCUCGAUCGAAUAAGGGAUGGCUGCUGCAGCAGCAAUCGAAUCCUUGGCUCCGCGCGGUCUCCGCCCCAAAUCCAAUCCCCAUCCUAUCGCCAAAGGACUAGGAAACCGAUCGAUCCUCCUCCCAUGCCGGUCGCGGGAGCGCGGCGGGGAGCCCGUUCGAUUUGGCCGUAGCGUCCGUCCCCAUGGCCAUGCUUUCUCCUCUAUCCCCCGCAGCAGCAGAGGCUGGUUGCUGGGAGAGGGAUUCGACGCAUUGGGUGUGCUUUUGAAGCAUCGGCGACGGGCGGUGGCCACCCGCGUCCGGGCUUGCGGUUCCUGCGAGCAGGACACAGAUUCGAACGCCAGCUCCAGCGACGGUGCCACCGAAGGCCCGCAAGGUAGCAGCGAAGGCGUCAAGAAGGUCCCUUCCCAUCCGUCCCCUGCCUCUUCUCCUUCUUCGUCGCCGUCGUCGUCUUCAUCCUCUUCGUCUUCGUCACCUCGCCGGGAGAAUAAGUGGAAGAGCCGCUGGUGGAAGGGCUCCAGAUGGCAGUGGAAGCCGAUCAUCCCCGCCCAGGAGAUCAGUGCCCUUUUGUUCCAGUUGGGCAUCGUGAUGUUUGCCAUGCGGCUGCUCCGGCCAGGGAUCCCGCUGCCUGGGUCGGAGCCGAGGCCCCCCACUACGUACGUCAGCGUGCCGUUCAGCGACUUCUUGAGCAAGAUUAACAAUGACCAGGUUCGGAAGGUGGAGGUGGACGGGGUCCAUAUCAUGUUCAGACUGCGGCAGGAUCCUGUAAGCAUGGAGGUUGAGGCUGGUGGGGAGAACCGGGCGCAGGAGGCCGAGGCGCUUAUGAGGAGCAUGGCCCCGACGAAGAGGAUCGUGUAUACCACGACUCGCCCUGCAGAUAUAACAACCCCCUACGAGAAGAUGCUCGAGAACCAGGUUGAGUUUGGCUCCCCAGACAAGCGUUCUGGUGGUUUCUUGAACUCUGCUCUGAUUACUCUUUUCUAUAUUGCUUUGCUUGUGGGAGCCUUUAAUAAUUUCAGAGUGAGCUUUUCCCAGCAUACAGCAGGCCAGUUAAGGAGCCGGAAGACUUCAAGUCCUGGUAGUGCAAAAGCACCUGAACAUGCAGAUGUGGUCACUUUUGAUGAUGUAGCUGGUGUUGAUGAGGCAAAAGAAGAGCUAGAAGAAAUUGUGGAAUUUCUUAGGAAUCCAGACAGAUAUAUACGCCUUGGUGCCCGGCCUCCUCGAGGGGUCUUAUUGGUGGGUCUUCCAGGCACAGGUAAGACGCUACUGGCAAAAGCUGUAGCUGGAGAAGCAGAAGUACCCUUUAUAAGUUGUUCAGCAAGUGAAUUUGUGGAACUAUAUGUCGGUAUGGGAGCCUCCCGUGUGCGAGAUCUCUUUGCGAGGGCAAAGAAGGAGGCACCAUCGAUCAUUUUUAUUGACGAGAUAGACGCAGUUGCAAAAAGCCGUGAUGGUCGAUAUCGCAUUGUUAGCAAUGAUGAACGAGAGCAAACACUCAAUCAGCUGCUCACUGAAAUGGAUGGAUUUGAUAGCAAUUCUGCUGUUAUUGUCCUUGGGGCAACCAAUAGAGCUGAUGUGCUGGAUCCUGCGCUUCGCCGUCCUGGCAGAUUUGAUCGUGUAGUUAUGGUGGAAACUCCUGACAGGCUCGGAAGGGAGGCCAUUUUAAAGGUUCAUGUUGACAAAAAAGAGCUUCCUUUAGGGGAUGAUGUGAAUCUUAGUGAAAUUGCAUCCAUGACAACUGGUUUCACUGGAGCAGACCUAGCAAAUUUGGUGAAUGAAGCUGCUUUAUUAGCUGGGAGAGCAAACAAAGUUGUUGUUGAAAAGAUUGAUUUUAUCCUGGCUGUUGAACGCUCAAUAGCUAUGACAUCUGUACAACUAUCUCUUGCCUCUGUGGCAAGCGCAAGAAGCUGCCAUGCCCCUUCCAAUUUGCCAAAAUCUGCUCUUUUACCUGGAUUUGAAGUUAUGGGUCAUACUUCAAAUAUCUGGAACAAGGAUACGUGCUACAAGUUCAGUUUGAUGCCUAAGGCCACCUUGACCUUUGAUCAUUCAGUUGCUGAGUCAGCAAAACACAAACAGAAGAAGCACACAAUUGAUCCUGCUGCUCCUGAUUUUCUUCCACUUCCUUCAUUUGAAGAAUGUUUCCCAAAGAGUACAAAGGAAGUCAGGGAAAUUGUUCAUGAGCAAUCUGGUCAUGUCCUUAAGGUUCCUUUCCGACGAGUCCAUCUAUCUGGAGAGGACCAGCACUUUGAUACAUAUGAUACAAGUGGUCCACAAAAUAUAAACCCACAGCUGGGACUUCCCAAGAUAAGAAAAGAUUGGGUCGAAAGGCGGGAGCAAUUGGGUGCACCUAGAUACACGCAGAUGUUCUAUGCCAAACAAGGGAUGAUAACUGAAGAGAUGUUGUUUUGCGCUGCUCGUGAGAAGCUUGAUCCGGAGUUUGUGAGAUCAGAGGUUGCUUGUGGACGUGCUAUAAUUCCAUCCAACAAGAAUCAUCUGGAGUUGGAGCCCAUGAUAGUUGGGAGGAACUUCCUGGUUAAAGUAAAUGCAAACAUUGGGAACUCUGCCGUGGUGAGCAAUAUCGAGGAAGAGGUGCAUAAGCUUCAAUGGGCAACAAUGUGGGGUGCUGAUACGAUCAUGGAUCUCUCAACAGGUCGUCAUAUUCAUGAGACUCGGGAAUGGAUCCUCCGUAACUCUGCUGUUCCUGUUGGGACUGUUCCUAUCUAUCAAGCAUUAGAAAAGGUUAAUGGCAUUGCUGAAAACCUGAGCUGGGAAAUUUUCAGAGAUACUCUGAUUGAACAAGCUGAACAGGGGGUGGAUUACUUUACCAUUCAUGCUGGUGUCCUGCUUCGAUAUAUCCCUCUUACAGCAAAAAGAAUGACUGGUAUUGUUUCACGUGGAGGAUCAAUCCAUGCAAAAUGGUGUUUGGCUUAUCACAAAGAGAAUUUUGCUUAUGAACACUGGGACGAGAUACUUGAUAUAUGCAAUCAGUAUGAUGUAGCACUGUCCAUUGGCGACGGACUAAGGCCUGGUUCAAUCUAUGAUGCCAAUGACACUGCCCAAUUUGCAGAACUUCUGACGCAAGGGGAGCUGACUCGCCGAGCAUGGGAAAAGGAUGUGCAGGUCAUGAAUGAAGGACCUGGGCAUAUUCCUCUCCAUAAAAUUCCAGAAAAUAUGGUGAAGCAGCUGGAAUGGUGUAAUGAGGCACCUUUCUAUACUCUUGGUCCAUUAACAACUGAUAUCGCUCCGGGAUAUGAUCAUAUUACCUCUGCCAUUGGUGCUGCUAAUAUUGGAGCACUUGGUACUGCACUUCUUUGUUAUGUAACUCCGAAGGAACACCUUGGAUUGCCAAAUCGUGAUGAUGUAAAGGCAGGUGUCAUAUCAUACAAGAUAGCUGCCCAUGCAGCUGAUUUGGCAAAGGGUCACCAGCAUGCACAAGCAUGGGAUGAUGCAUUGAGCAAGGCAAGGUUUGAAUUUAGAUGGAUGGACCAGUUUGCAUUGUCUUUAGAUCCUAUGACAGCUAUGGCUUUUCAUGAUGAGACCCUCCCAUCUGAGGGUGCCAAGGUGGCACAUUUCUGUUCUAUGUGUGGGCCAAAAUUUUGUUCUAUGAAGAUAACAGAAGAUGUAAGGAAGUACGCUGAGGAACAUGGAUAUGGGACAGUGGAAGAAGCCAUGAAACAUGGAAUGGAUGCCAUGAGUGCAGAAUUUCUUGCUGCCAAAAAAACUGUUAGUGGGGAACAGCAUGGUGAAGUUGGUGGGGAGAUUUAUGUGCCUGAGAGUUAUGCUGCUCGCUCUCCAAGUGCUAUCUGAAGAUUCCAUCUUUGGAGAAUUAGAAAAGUUAGAGCAGUUCGUAAUAAGAUUCAUGGCUAUCAUGGACAACUCUUCGUAUCGUAAACUUUGGGGUGCCAUUCUGCUGCACCCAUAGCCGUUUUGGCAAAGGAUGGCAGCAGGUUUGGCUGAGAAAGUCCCUUUGAACCUGAACAGGAUAAUGCCUGCGUAGGGAGCGUGCAAUCUUUUCCUUUUUGUUUUUGUGCAUGCUCAGGGAAUUCUGCGCCAAUUUGUCAGCUGGCUUAUCCCGCAUGAACUGAUCUUUCAACUUCGAAGCAGUUUGAUGCGGUGGGCAGUAACCUGAAAUGCUUCUGUUCCUUUCGUGUUAUCUGCAUUGCGGCUUGUGCUCGCAUUCCUAUCAAGUUGGUGGGAGCUUGUAUCUUAUAUCCCACAAUGACAGGUUUGCAUCUACCACUUUGGGCUCUUUGCCACUGUUGGAUUAAGCUGCAACCAGUCAGCCCCUACUCCUUGGUUGGAUACAAGAUACCUGGGACUGGCCUUUGUGAUUCUAGGGUUUAGCAGAAUGAUUUCCUUUUCUUUCAUAGAGGCUAAUUGUAAUCAGCACCAGGGGUGCUUGCCCAGUCUCUCCAGCCAUGGAAGACUGGUGCAGGCUGAGAAAGACCCUUUUAAACCUGACCAGGGUAAUGCCUGCGUAGGGAGAGUGCUGCUUCUUUUUUCUUCCCUUGGCAGCGGAUGCAGUCUUCUGAUGCAACGCUUCUGUUUGAGGGAAUGUCUACAACACCCCUCAUUUUCUUCGACGUAGCUGUUGCGUGAUUGGGAUUCUGGCAUGAUAUCUGAUCAGAUCAGAUCAUUCUGAUGGAUGUAUGGAAUCCUAGUAAAUGAAACUAUAGCACGACUUUCGUCAAUUAGCUAUUUAAUUCUCCAA